AUGGGUCGAGUUCGUACCAAGACCGUCAAGCGCGCCUCUCGCGUCCUCAUCGAGAAAUACUAUCCCCGCCUGACCAACGACUUCCACACCAACAAGAGGAUCAUCGAUGAAGUUGCUGUCGUUCCCUCGAAACGCCUACGCAAUAAGAUUUCCGGCUUUACUACACACUUGAUGCGCCGUAUUCAAAAGGGUCCUGUCCGUGGUAUCUCGUACAAACUGCAGGAAGAGGAGCGAGAACGCAAGGACAACUACGUUCCAGAAGUCUCCGCACUCGAUGUGGGAGAGGAGGGUCUCAGCGUCGAUGCUGAUACCAAGGAAAUGCUGCGCUCCCUCAACUUUGACAAUAUCAAUGUCACCAUCGUCCCAGUCAAUGCGUACGUGCCUACCAACACUGGCCGACAGAGGCGAAACGUACCAGGGGCUGGUCGAGCAGCAUAA